AUUCUCUUUUUGUUUUUGUUUCAGUAUUUGUUUGAUCGUUUAUUAUGGCGACUUCAGAUAGUGUGUCUGAUAAAAAAAAGAAUGAGAGAAAGCCGCCCACCGCUCAAAGUGAGAUAUCUAUCACUUCAAUACCGCAAAUUGUCUUAACUGAACCUGCACAAAAUACUUCGCAGCUAAGUACGAUUGAGGAUGACAAGACUGACGUUGCAGCUUCGCCUUAUACCCUAUCGCCACCUUCACCAAAUAAACAACAGCAAAGUGCGAUACCACCGCCUACACCUUUGCCACUCACAAAGGACUUAUUGCAAAGAAAAAACAAACUCGAUCGUCUUUUAUUACAAAAGGAGAGACUAAAGCGUCUUCAGCAGAAACCUUCAACCGAUUUCUAUUCAGCAAACAGUGCCGUAGACGAGAGAGUCACUGCAGGCUUGGGUAUAACAACACCUAAUAAUCCUAGCCGAAAUGUUCCCGAAAAAUCCAGCACGGCAUUCAGUCCUAUAGCAAGUGAAUGGAGCUAUGAUUUAGAUGUAUUCAAGUCUACUAUCUCUGGUUCAUCAAAAGGAGGUAGAGAAAAACGCCAGCAGCCCAUCAAAACAAUCACAGGUACUUCAGUUAGUGGAUCUUCGAUACAUAACAGUGCGUCUGUGCGUGCUUACAGUGCCAAUCAUCGCUAUAUGGAUCGCAAUAAUCAACAAUAUCAUCGAGCACAGCAUUUCGAACGACCAGAGCAAUCGAUACAGAAGAGCGAUGCUAAAAGUAAAUAUUAUUUAUUAGACAUACUAUAUCAAGCAGCCAACAGAGUUGUCAAUUCAAGAGCACCCGAAUCUGAACAAGUAUCCAAUAAUGAAGUAUUCGAUUUCAAAUCACAAGAAGAACAGCCUCAUUCGCCAGCUGUCAUGGAUAUAGCUUCUGCUGCUGCUACUGCUGCUGCUGCUGCUGCUGAAACAAACGAAAAAAUCAUAGAAUCAACUUCGCCUGAAGUCAAUGCAAAUUCAGCUUGUUCUUUAAAACAGAGCAGCAAGAAUAGAUAUUCAUGGCUUUCUUUUGCUUCGAGUCUGGAUGAAAAGUCCGAGUUUGAUCAGGAUUCUAUCGUAUUGGAAAAGAAACCAACCAACAAAACAACAGAAGAAACACCUAUACCUUCACAUAAUAUACCUUCAUCCCUUAAUUAUACCAUACCUAAUCCUCUUCAAGGUCAUUCACUGUGUCUAUUUGGGCCAAGAAAUCCUUUUCGUAUAUUUGUUUGGAGCCUUAUCCGAAAAAGGUAAAUAACACCAAAAAUAACUAUAAAAUUAUUAACCAUAAACCCAGAUAUGUGGAAACCUUUAUCCUUUUUCUUAUGAUCAUUCAUUGGUUUCUACUUGCUUGUGUACCAAUUACUUCAAGCGAACAAAAGAAUAUAUUUAGUGGACAAUGGACUCAUUAUCCAAUUCUUUUUAUACAAAUUAUUUAUAGGUAAAUAUACAGAUUUAUGAAACAAAAC